CAGUCUGAAGAAGGGUUACGGCCCGAAACGUUGCCUAUUUCCUUCGCUCCAUAGAUGCUGCUGGAGCCGCUGAGUUUCUCCACCAUUUUUGUGUACCUUAAAUUUAACUGAGACAACUUCAAAUUCUAAAGUUUCAGAUUUUAUCAUCAGUCUCAUUCUGGUUUCACAAUCAGGUUUCCUGUUCCCUUCUUCCUCAUUCUUAAUACAUGCCAUAUUUGUCAGACCGUUCAGUCUGAGGACUAAGAGCUGAGCAGCAGGUCAGUGCUAACAUGGUCUCCUUGGAUAAAACUAUGUGGAUUCCAAUGCUGCUCAUUUAUUCCCUGCCCGUUUCAGGUGCUCUGUGGGCAAAGACACCUGUAAGAGGAGUUGUGGGAAAAAAUAUCACAAUCGAUUGUCACUAUGGAGCAUGGUACCGUUCACACACAAAAUACUGGUGUCAUGGGUGGAGUCACUGGUGUUCAGUUGUAGUGAAAACAAAUGGGCAACACAGACGGAGUGGAAGAUGGUCAAUCACAGAUAACCAGACACAAGGAAUAUUUACUGUGACUGUGGAGGGUCUUCUCUCUAGCGAUACAGGAUGGUACAGCUGUGGAAUUGAUACAUCUGGCUUGGAUCCAAUGUUUAACGUUCAGCUCCAAGUAUCUGACGAACCUGAACCUAAUCCUGGAUCGUCAACAACAACAGUAGCACUUACUUCAACUACAAAAGUAACAUCCGAAAACAAUGAUCAUGCGCCCAGUUCCUCUGACAGGUAUAAUUUUCACUUGCUUAAGUUUUGAUUGGCCUUGCUUUUCAAUAUGAGAGGUGGAGACACAAGGAACUGUUGAUCCAUACAUAGAUACAUAGAUGGAUAGACAAUAGUGCAGGAGAAGUCCAUUCUGCCCUUCGAGCCAGCACCGCCAUUCAAUGUGAUCAUGGUUGAUCAUCCACAAUCAGUACCCUGUUCCUGCCUUGUCCCCAUAUCCCUUGAUUCCGCUAGC